UCCCCUCUCCCCCUCUUCUUUCCCACCUCUUCUAUCAACUCUUUCUCUCUCUCUUUCUCUCUCUCUCUCUCUCUCUUUAAACUCCUCCUUCCUUUCCUUCUUUUCCUCUUCACCACCUUCUUCUCUCCCAUGGUUCUACUCUUCCAAUCAUGCCUUCUCAGCCCCACUUCCACUUCUCUCUCCCAAGGUGGAUUGGACUGCUUUGCCACCGGGGGAACAAGCAGAAUGAGAGUAGCAACAAUAGCGUUAACAACAGCAGCAGCAGUAGCAGUAACAAUAACAUCAAUAUGGAUGACAACCCCAUCACUAACUCCAUAGAAUGUUAUGCCUGCACCCAGGUUGGCGUCCCUGUCUUCCAUUCCACUAGCUGCGACCACGCCCAUCAGCCCGAAUGGGUGGCCUCUGCUGGUUCAUCUCUUGUCCCUAUUCAGAACCGGCCGGAUCCCAAGAAGUGUCCCUCAUCCCGGGCCCAAUCGCGCCUACCCACAGGCCCGUUCGGAACCGUCCUCGACCCGCGUAGCAAGCGCGUCCAGAAGUGGAACCGCGCUUUCCUUCUGGCACGUGGCAUGGCUGUGGCCAUUGAUCCAUUGUUCUUCUACGCGUUGUCAAUCGGAAGAGGUGGAGCUCCGUGCCUGUACAUGGAUGGUGCGUUAGCCGCAAUCCUGACUGUUCUCCGCACGUGCGUGGACGCCGUGCAUUUGUGCCACCUGUGGUUGCAGUUCAGGUUGGCGUACGUGUCGCGAGAGUCACUAGUAAUUGGGUGUGGGAAACUCGUGUGGGACGCACCUGCCAUCGCCUCCCAUUACGUGCGCUCCCUCAGAGGGUUCUGGUUCGAUGCGUUUGUGAUAGUGCCAGUCCCACAGUUUGUAUUCUGGUUAGUUCUUCCCAAAUUGAUCAGAGAAGAGCAGAUUAAGCUCAUAAUGACAAUACUUCUAUUGAUCUUCAUGUUCCAAUUCCUGCCUAAAGUGUAUCACUGCAUUUACUUGAUGAGAAAAAUGCAGAAGGUCACAGGUUACAUCUUCGGUACUAUUUGGUGGGGUUUUGGCCUUAAUCUCAUUGCCUACUUCAUAGCAUCUCACGUUGCUGGAGGAUGUUGGUAUGUUCUUGCUAUUCAACGUGCCGCUUCGUGCCUCAGGCAGCAGUGUCAAAGAAGACCAAAGUGUGACCUCUCUUUGUCCUGCUCAGAGGAGAUCUGUUAUCGGUUUCUGGUACCGGCAAGCACAAUUGGAAAUCCAUGUGCUGGUAACUUUACUACCACUAUCAGAAAGCCAAUGUGCUUGGAUACUACAGGGCCAUUCAAAUAUGGAAUUUAUAAGACUGCUCUUCCUGUCAUUUCUAGCAAUUCUUUUGCUGUCAAGAUCCUUUAUCCCAUAUUCUGGGGUUUAAUAACCCUCAGCACCUUUGGCAAUGAUCUUGAACCCACCAGCAAUUGGAUAGAAGUGAUGUUCAGUAUAUGCAUAGUGCUCAGUGGUUUGUUGCUCUUUACUUUGUUGAUUGGGAAUAUCCAGGUGUUUUUGCACGCGGUCAUGGCAAAGAAGAGGAAAAUGCAGCUGAGAUGCAGAGAUAUGGAAUGGUGGAUGAGGCGGAGACAGUUACCAUCUCGUUUGAGGCAGAGAGUUAGCCAUUUUGAACGACAAAGAUGGGCAGCCAUGGGAGGACAUGAUGAGAUGGAAUUAAUCAAAGACUUACCUGAAGGACUCCGAAGAGAUAUCAAACGCUACCUUUGCUUAGACCUCAUUAAGAAGGUACCUCUAUUCCACAACUUGGAUGAUCUUAUUCUUGACAACAUCUGUGAUCGGGUUAAGCCUCUUGUAUUCUCUAAAGAUGAAAAGAUAAUUAGAGAAGGAGACCCUGUGCAAAGGAUGCUGUUCAUUGUUCGCGGACGUAUAAAGAGAAGCCAAAGCCUCAGUAAAGGCAUGGUAGCAACAAGUGUGCUUGAACCAGGAGGGUUUCUGGGUGAUGAGCUGCUCUCUUGGUGCCUUCGUCGCCCAUUCAUAGACAGGCUUCCAGCCUCAUCUGCUACAUUUGUUUGUGUAGAAUCCACGGAAGCAUAUGGUCUUGGUGCAGACCAUCUUCGUUACAUCACAGAUCACUUCCGCUACAAAUUUGCCAACGAAAGGCUUAAGCGAACUGCGAGGUAUUACUCAUCGAAUUGGCGAACAUGGGCAGCAGUGAAUAUACAAUUUGCUUGGCGGCGAUACAGGACGAGGACUAGAGGUCCGAUGAUUCCUGUAAUAGAAAAUGGAGGCACUGAACGUCGGCUACUGCAGUAUGCUGCAAUGUUCAUGUCAAUCAGGCCACAUGACCACCUCGAAUAAGAACUUGUUUACCAACUCUUCUCUUCUCUCCCUUGUUUAAUAAAAGUAUUAUUUCUUUCUUUAGGCAAAAAAUUUCACCAUGGUAAGCCAUGGAAUAGUUACUUUCUUUUUUUGUAUGAUGUGAGCAUUGGAAAAUAGCUGCAUUCUUCCCAAGGAAAUAAAAUGUUUAUUUUUCGUUCA